AUGGCAAAUAACACUGAUUUGAAAAUUGGCGAGAUCCACAAUCUUGACAGACAAAUCGAGACUCUGAUGGAAUGCAAGCCUCUCCCUGAGACUGAAGUUAGAGCCCUUUGUGAAAGAGCAAAAGAAAUCUUGAUUUAGGACUCAAAUGUCUCAAAUGUAAGAGCUCCUGUCACCAUCUGCGGAGAUAUUCAUGGUCAGUUCCACGAUCUAAAGGAGCUAUUCAGAAUUGGUGGUCAACCUCCCGACACAAAUUAUCUAUUUAUGGGAGAUUACGUUGAUAGAGGUUAUUAUUCAGUCGAGACCGUCACUCUUCUCGUUGCUCUGAAAGUCAGAUAUAGAGAUAGGCUCACAAUCCUUAGAGGAAACCACGAAAGCAGAUAAAUCACUCAAGUGUAUGGAUUUUAUGAUGAAUGCUUGAGAAAGUAUGGAAAUGCUAAUGUAUGGAAGCAAUUUACUGAAUUAUUCGAUUAUUUACCCUUGACUGCAGUCGUUGAAGGCCAAAUCUUCUGUCUCCAUGGUGGUCUCUCACCUAGUAUCGAUACUCUUGAUCAAAUCAGAUAACUUGAUAGAGUUCAAGAAGUUCCUCAUGAAGGUCCAAUUUGUGAUUUACUUUGGUCAGAUCCAGAUGAUAGAUGCGGAUGGGGUAUCUCACCAAGAGGUGCUGGCUACUCUUUCGGGUAGGAUAUCUCUGAACAAUUCAAUCAUGCUAACAACCUGAAGUUAAUAUCUCGUGCUCACUAGUUGGUGAUGAACGGAUAUAACUGGUCUCACGAGAGGAAUGUAGUAACUGUGUUCUCAGCUCCUAAUUACUGCUACAGAUGUGGUAAUGAGGCUGCGAUCAUGGAGGUAGACGAAUUCAUGAAAUAUACUUUGUAAAUAACCCUUUUCCUUUUAUAUCUUAUAGCUUGCAAUUUGAUCCUGCGCCAAGGUAGACUGAACCUAAUAUCAGUAAAAGAACCCCUGAUUACUUCUUAUGAAAGGGUGAUUAAUUUCUUAGAAUUCUUUAAAAGUUAAAAUCUCAUUAUAAACACUCUCUACAAAUCCCUUCUCUCACCAUAAGCUAUCACUAGUGUCUCUCACUCUCACAACUGA